AUGGUCUCUAACUUUGUUGAGAAGGUUGCGAUUGUUGGUGCUGGUGGCCAAGUUGGAACCUAUAUAACAGAGGCUCUGCUCAAAACUGGCAAGCACCAGGUGACUGCGAUUUCUCGCGAAGGCAGCACUAGUCCCAUCCCUGCUGGUGUCACCGUCAAGAAGAUCAACUACGCCGAGCCAAGCACCAUUGUCGAGGCAUUGAAGGGACAGGAUGUUUUGAUCUACAGCCUAUCUGUCCUUGUAACUGAUGAGGCUGACAGGCUCAUCAAAGCUGCUGCCGAAGCCGGAGUUCCCUGGAUUCUUCCCAACGAAUUCGGAUAUAACUCUGACAACGACGCCGUCAACAAAGAUACCUUGACCGGCAUUCCCAAGAAAGCCCAGCGCAAGCUGAUUGAAACCCUCGGGGUGUCUUCUUGGAUCGGUGUCGGCAGUGGCUACUGGUAUGAGUACAGUCUGUCUGUCGGUGGCUGGUCAUUUGGAUUCGACAUUAAGGGCCGUGAAGCCACCUUCUAUGAUGACGGAAACACGAAGAUCCACACAUCUACCUGGCCACAAAUUGCUCGCGCCGUGGCGAGCUUGCUUUCCUUGCCAAUCACUGGUUCGGACACUACUCUCUCGCAAUUCAAGAACAAAUUUGCCUUUAUUUCCUCCUUCUAUGUCAACCAACAAGAGAUAUUCGAGUCUCUUCUCCGUGUGACCGGCACAACCCGUGACGAUUGGAAAAUCAGUAACCAGCCAUCUGACGCUCGCUUUGCGUUUGGAAAGCAGAUGUUGCAGAAUGGCGACCGUCGAGGCUUCGGUAUCUCGUUAUACUCUCGUACGUUCUUCCCUGACGGCGCUGGUACACACCCCGAAAGCGCAAAUGCUGCCUUGGGCCUUCCUGAGGAGAGUCUGGACGAAUUCAGCGCUGUUGCUGUAAAGAUGGUCCAGGAAAGCUACUUCGAGACCAAGGUUAUUCCUCGUAUUACUCCUUCGUCUUCUUGA